AACUCGCUCCGACGCACUUCGCGCUUGUCCCCGUCCCUACCGCUCUGUCAGUUCAGUACUGGGGUGCCCGCUAGCGAGGCGGCACGCGUUGUGCACGCCUCGCGUUUUUGCAUUGUUUUGGCUGUGUUCACCAUUGUUUUAUUCCAUCCGACCACAAUCAAUACGAGUUUGAAGUGAAAUUUGUCGGCCUAAUAUUAGAUUUUGUACGAAUGUUAUAAAAAUACUGUAUUUUACCUUUUACAUGGGUGGUUUAUUGACAAGUGAAAAGGUUGAUCGUCCCGUUCAUAUAUCACGGUAGUUGUGUUUUGAUUGAAGUAAACGUGAAGUGAUCUCGCAUAGAGAAAAGCAUGCAAAUCGAUAACUAUGUAUGUGGAUGUCCAGAAGGGAGUUACUGAGGGCUCUUACCGUGCGGUUUACACCACUGCUGCAUAUUGAUUGGCCCUGUCAUACAAACCUGUCUUUUAACUUUGAUUUUAACCCGGGACGUUCAUUGAAACUUAACGGAUUAUAUUCAGCCUAUAUAAAACGUUGUGCUCAUAAUGCUGCGGUCAAAUGAAAGUGUCAGAUAGUGGACCCAUCGCAACGCAGCAUGGGUGCAAAUAUGGGCAAAAAUUCGAGCCUGCUCGACGCGCUGCCAUCCGCGCAAGGCACUUUACACGUGGUUAUGCUCGGACUUGACUCCGCGGGAAAAACUACCGCCCUAUACAGACUCAAAUUCGAUCAAUAUCUGAACACAGUCCCCACAAUUGGCUUUAACUGCGAGAAAGUUAAAGGAACCAUUGGAAAGUCAAAGGGUGUCAACUUUCUUGUGUGGGAUGUCGGUGGUCAGGAAAAACUGCGGCCUCUGUGGAAAUCUUAUACGAGGUGCACAGACGGUAUAAUAUUUGUUUUAGAUUCAGUAGAUGUAGAGCGAAUGGAGGAAGCUAAAAUGGAACUUAUACGAACCGCAAAGUCUCCAGAUAACACGGGUGUGCCAAUACUUGUAUUAGCCAAUAAGCAGGAUUUGCCAGGGGCAAAGGAACCACGAGAGCUGGAGAAACUGUUAGGACUUCAUGAAUUAGUUUCCUCCCCUCACGGAUCGAGAGAUGCACACUCAUGGCACGUCCAGCCAGCUUGCGCUAUAACUGGAGAAGGUCUACACGAAGGAUUGGACGCGUUAUAUGAAAUGAUACUCAAGAGGAGAAAACUUGCGAAAUUACAAAAAAAGCGGGUUAGAUAAACUACUUGUACAGCAAAGGCUAUAUGGUUAAAGUUUAUCAAUAUAUUGAACGAAUAAGCAUUUCAUACCAACGUGGUAUGAAUACGCUAACCAUGUCCACGGUAGGAACACCAAAUAUUGUUUUUACUAUAGAUGUGUAACGUCUUAUGAAAAUAUUCCAUCAUAAUGUUGCUCAAGUUAUAUUGAACAUUUUGAAGGAAACGAAUAUUUUGAUAAAUUAAUAUAGAAACUAGUCAUUUUCUUUUGAAAAUAGCUAGAUAGGACAUGAGGAAGCUCAUGAGGUUUAAUUUAAUUUUGUGUCAUGAUUGUAGGACUGAUUAUGUAAUCCCCAAAUACAAGCUAACUAGAUAAGAAAAGGUGUUAGUUAAUUUGGCUCACAAAAUUGUGUGGGACCAUUAAUAACAGACUAAAAUAAUUUUUAAUAAUAUAAAAACCAAUAAUAUUAGUCAAGGAUUUAGAUAUAGCAAGUUGAGUUAGAUGGCUUUUGCGAUAAAUGUUUCGUUGUGUUGCGAUUAAAUAAUGUGAAUGAUUUCUAUGCAGCAUAGAGGACAAGAUCUUCGAAACAAAAUGUGCGCCUAAUUUAUGCAGAUCAAUCACAUUAAUUUGUUUACAGAUUUUUAGAAAGAUGCAUUGUAGUUAAUGUUAUAAAAAAAAUAUUGUUAUUUAUCUGUGUUAUAAAUCCUCAAAGGCUUAUUUGUUGACCUGAUCCGUCUUAUUAUUAAUUCACUUAACGUUAAACGACUUAUCUCGGUAAUGUGUACCGAAAUCGUUUUCUUCGAACUUUCUCCAACUCAGCUUUGAUCCAAAAAUAUUACUUUUAAGAUUUGUUUCUAAUCUUUGGGCUUUAUUGUAAGAGCUUUGGAUGUUUUUUCUGUAACUCUUGUACAUAAGGUGUACAUAUAGUUAGGAGCGUGUGAAUUUUUAUUACUAAACCUCUGAUUGUUCUUGCAUUAUUUCACAACACUAAUCAUUUGAAUAUGUGAAUUAAGUAAGUAUUUAUUUACUCUUAGAGCUAUUAGGAGAUAUUAAGAUUUAUUAUAUUUAAUAACGCUUCUACUAUAAUUUGUUGUAAGUCCCAUGUAAAUAUGUAAAUUCCGUAACCUGUAGUUAUUCGUCAAUACCAAGAAACCAAACAUUUGUAAGUGUAGGUCAUAUUAUAUUUUGUUAAAAAGAUUAUUUUAUUGACACUUGAUGCAUUAUUAUUGUAUUGUUCGUACAUUUAAUGUUCUGUAUACAUAUGGAUUCCCUUAAUAAAGUCUGUUUUUAUUA